AUGGGAAACACCAAGUCUCCUGAUAUCAGUAGAGCUACAGUAGCAUUAUCGGAGAGAGAUCCAAGGAUUUCCACAGACAACAAACAAUCCCUCUCUCCAGUAACUUCAUUCAUAGGGGACCCGGCCCUCGAAUUGAAUUUUCGCCUAACGACCCUUGAAUCAUCUCGAAACCCAACCGAGAUCGACCCGCGAACUCGCAAAGCGGAAAACAUUUGCGAUUUAAACGAUGACCUUAUACUUUACCUCGUCGAUUUUCUACCACCCGACUCCGCAGCCUUAUUGAGUCUUUGCUGUAAGAACUUGUGGGAAAGACUCGGAUCAAGAUACGUCGAAGCCCUAAACAACCCUUACAGGGCUACCUCCUUCCCCGUUCAAGCCAUGUACAAGUAUAAUUUAAACAUCCAACUCUAUCGAAGUUAUCGCUACAACUUCCUGAGACUCCUCGCACGGGAUCUUCCAAAUUAUGUUACAUGCUAUCCCUGCAACAAACUCCACACGAUCGGUCUUGCAUACAGUGAGAGGUUGCUUGAGAAGUCGUGCGCUUUUCAUAUUGAUAACGCUCUACCCCUCUUAGAAGGACAUGUGAGCUUCCAUGUUUUGCAAGCGGCAAUGAAACGUUAUCAUCAACGCCACAUCCCUCACUCAAUCUCUCUUUACAACGUUACCACUACUUUCUUGAAUCCAAAAUCUCGAUUAGUCGAAUAUUCUCGCGAGACUAUACGCAUCUCCCAAACGACCAAUUCACUAAUCUUCUGCAAGCAAAGAAUCCUCCUCCUCCCCGCCAACCAUGACCAUUGUACCUCGGAAGAUUUCUCUGAAGAUACCUCCCAAGCUCCAGACGCCUGGGCGCCAGAAUGGUUGACCUGGGAUCAUCCCAUCUGUCCGCAUCUCAAAUGGAACUUAUACUACGACUUCCGCUGGCGCACGCUCAGCGUCUCCGAUCGAUCCUUGACAUCACCACGUUUCCAAUCGUGCGACUACUGCAUGACGGAUUACCACGUCGCGGUGCAGGAUCGCCAGGGAGAGGGCGACGCGCUUUAUCUCACUUGCUGGCAGGAUCUUGGCUCCGGCAAGUCGGCGCGGGACUUCAAUUGGCAAAACGCAAUUGCGAAUGUCACGAGUCAGGAUAGGCAGGGAAGUGAUAAGGUCUCGCGGUUUGCAUAUGAACAUGGUUCUGUUUGUGAGGCGUUUGAAGGGGUAUCUGGGGAGGAAUAUAAAUUUUAUGAGAGCAUGAGGGAGCAGGAUUGGGAGGCAGUAAAUGGACAUUCGGUUUCGAGAGCGAGGGAUGUGCUGAGGAAGGGGGGGAAGAGGGAGAAGACGCAUCCGUUGAAAAUUUUGACGGUUAAGGAUGAUAGUAAUAUUCGUUCGUGGAUUCAAUGA